CAGUAUGUGUCUUCCCUUAAUGUUUGGCAGUUUUGAUAUAAAAAACAGGAACACUACAUUUGUCAUAUUGUUCAUAAUUUUCUGUUCGUUUCAGACCUGAUGGAGCCAAAAGAAGAAAUCACAAAUGCAAGCGAACAGACCGAUCACGAUCUGAUAGUGGUAAAGGAGGAAAUUUUACAACUCAAUGAAAUGGAGGAGAAACCUCAUCAUUUGAUACCCAAGGAAGAAUCUCUGAGCUGCUCGAUUACCAUGAGAAAUUUGUCACCUAAAAGAAACAUCAUGCAAAACUCGACAGCCAUUGAUGCUUUUAUUUGCCCUCAGUGUGGAAAGACCUUCACUAAGAAAUAUAAACUUAAUGAGCACAUGAAAGUCCACACUGGAGAAAAGCUGUACAGUUGUGAUCAGUGUGGAAAGAGCUACAACAGAAAUUGGCACCUUAAUGUUCACAUGAGAACCCACACUGGUGAAAAACCUUACAGCUGUGAUCAGUGUGGAAGAACCUUAACUCGUAAAUCUGACCUGAAUGCUCACAUGAGAACCCACACUGGUGAAAAGCCUUACACAUGUGAUCAGUGUGGAGCAACCUUCACUCGAAAGUAUAGCCUUAAUGUUCACAAGAGAAUUCACACCGGAGAGAAACUUUACAGAUGUGAUCACUGUGGAAAGAGUUUUAAUCGUAAGUUUAGCCUUAAUGUUCACCAGAGAAUUCACACUGGAGAAAAGCUUUGCAGAUGUGAUGAUCAGGGGCGUUGCUAGACAUAAAGCUCUACUGGGGCACAGCCCCCCCCCCCCCUUUCUGACUUUUUUGAAAGCCUGCUGUGUGCAAGAAGUGUGCUUUAUAUCCUUUGCUUAUUCUACAUUGCAACAAGUACUGGGAAUGCUAAACAUGUAUUUAAAAAUACUUAGGUAUUAUCUUCAUCAUACCUAACAUUAGUAACAUGUUUGGAGGGGCAUAAAUGGCAUAAAAUGUUUGGAUAUAAUGACAGCAGAGAAACUAUUUUCGAUAUUUAUACUGAAUUUUGGUAAACUAUGCUAAAAGUGGUAAAGCCAAACCCGGAGAUCAGCUGAAUGGAUUCAAAAACAGUAAAAAUCAAAUGUUUAACUUUAGGGGAGCUGGAAAAUGAGCCUAUUUUAAAAUAAAGAUAGUAUGCUAAAAGUUCAUUUCAGUCCAUAUUCAUGGUUUCUCGUGGUCCCAAAAUAGCAUGGAUAAGUACACUUAGAUGUUUUAAGAUUAUCUUAGAAGUAUAAGAAGAUUUUUUUAGUAUAUUAAGCACAAAAUGAGUUCAAGACAUUCAGAAGAAUUUUUUAUUUUAUAUAAUAAAUUGUAUAAAUGUUAAAAAACUCUAACUUUUAUUAAUAACAAGUUUUUAAAAGGUUAUUAAUACAGCAAGUUUUUAAAGGUUAUUAAUACAACAAGUUAUGUGACAAAUGUAAAUAAAACAACUGAAACCACUCAACUUAAUAAAAUACUAAUAAUUCAAAGCAUAACUUACUGCAUUUUAAGGACAUACAUAUAUUCAGAAUAAAAUUUUUAUGUGGUUUGACUUCUAUUUGUUAUUAAUGAAAAGAUUUCCAAUAAAUUUAGUAAAAUCAUUAAAGAAACUAAAUUUUAACAAAACAGUUGAAUGAAUAAGCUAAAAUAACUUAGUAAAUUUAACCAUAAAACGAUCAGUCAUAUUUAUUGUUUAUUACUUGCUUAUUAAAACAUUUCAAAUACCAGGUGUGCUGUAGACAUACACGUGCAGAUUCCACAUGCACGCGCGAAUCCUGUGCUCUUCAUUUAUUUAUUCACCUGACUGAACUUUUAACUAAAACACAAACUUUGUGAACGGUGUCUGCUUUAAACGAAUAAAUACAGUGUUGGAUAUUGCUCUUGGUUGCUCAAUAUGAUAACUAACUGUGGUAAAGCGAAGGGAUGUGUGUGUAACUAUGGUAAAUGACUGUUGUCAAGCAGCUGUUGCGUCACGCUCCCGUCCAGCAGAUGGCGCAAACUCGCCGCGUGUUACAUAAAACAUCAGAAGAAGAAGCAGACGAGAGACAAUUCGAGCAGCAGUAAGUGUUGUGUUGUUUUUGCUCUUUAUUUGUGUGUGAAUAAUGUUUAACUUACUUUUUUUGUGGUUACCGAAGUUUUAUUCUUGUUUACUGUAAAUUGCUGUUUUUCCCAGACACUUUAUGUUUUCGAAGUUAUUUCUGCUGUCAGAAAGGUUUUGUUUCUUGAUUUAACAAAGUUGCAGUCGUUUAUAAUCUUAUUGAAAUGAUGUUUUUGUGUGAAUAUUAUAAUGGUGAUCUGUUUGUGUUCAGAUGUUCAUCAUGAGAGAUCAGAUGGAUGUGAUGUGCAGUAAAUCAGUAGGAACUGAUCUGUCCAUGCUGGAAGACCAGAAGACAUCAGUAAAUCUGCUGGACUGUGGGAUAGAAGUGAAACAAGAAGACACAGAAGCAGAUGAAGGUUAUGUGAUUCAUUCAGACCUAAUGGAGCCAAAAGAAGAAAUUACAAAUGCAAGAGAACAAACAGAUCAAGAUUUGACAACGGUAAAGAAGGAAAUUUCACAACUUAAUGAAAUGGAGGAGAAACCUCAUCAUUUGAUACCCAAGGAAGAAUCUCUGAGCUGCUCGAUAACUGUGAGGAAUUUGUCACCUAAAAGAAACAACAAGCAAAAGGAAACAGCCAAGGAUGCUCUUAUUUGCCCUCAGUGUGGAAAGACCUAUAAUAAGAAAUAUAAACUUAUUGAGCACAUAAGAAUUCACACUGGAGAAAGACCUUACAGAUGUGAUCAGUGUGGAACAACUUUCAUUCGCAAGUCUGGCCUUGAUGUUCACAAGAGAAUUCAUACUGGAGAAAAGCCUUACAUAUGUGAUCAGUGUGGCAAAACCUUCAAGAAUAAAUACCACCUUACUGAGCACAUGCAAAUCCACAAUGGAGAAAAACCUUAUAACUGUGAUCAGUGUGGGACGACCUUCACUCGCAAGUCUAGCCUUAAUGUUCACAUGAGAAUUCAUUCUGGAGAAGAGCCUUACAGCUGUGAUCAAUGUGGAAAGACCUUCAAGAAUAAAUGGCAUUUUAAUGAGCACAAAAAAAUUCACAAUGGAGAAAAACCUUACAGAUGUGAUCACUGUGGAAAGAGUUUUUUUCGUAGGGCUGAAAUUAAUUGGCAUAAGAAAAUUCACACUGGAGAAAAACCUUACAGUUGUGAUCAGUGUGGAAAGAGUUUUAAUCGUAGAAUGAAUCUCAUCAGGCACGUAAGAAUUCACACUGGAGAAAAACCUUACAGUUGUGAUCAGUGUGGAAAGAGUUUUAAUCGUAGAAUGAAUCUCAUCAGGCACAUAAGAAUUCACACUAGAGAAAAACCUUAUAUUUGCCCUCAGUGUGGAAAGACCUAUAAUAAGAAAUAUAAACUUAUUGAGCACAUAAGAAUUCACACUGGAGAAAGACCUUACAGAUGUGAUCAGUGUGGAACAACUUUCAUUCGCAAGUCUGGCCUUGAUGUUCACAAGAGAAUUCAUACUGGAGAAAAGCCUUACAGAUGUGAUCAGUGUGGCAAAACCUUCAAGAAUAAAUACCACCUUACUGAGCACAUGCAAAUCCACAAUGGAGAAAAACCUUAUAACUGUGAUCAGUGUGGGACGACCUUCACUCGCAAGUCUAGCCUUAAUGUUCACAUGAGAAUUCAUUCUAGAGAAGAGCCUUACAGCUGUGAUCAAUGUGGAAAGACCUUCAAGAAAAAAAUGCACCUUAAUAUGCACACGAGCAUUCAUACUGGAGAAGGGCCUUACAACUGUGAUCAGUGUGGAAAGACCUUCAAUAAUAAAUGGCACUUUAAUGAGCACACAAAAAUUCACAAUGGAGAAAAACCUUACAGAUGUGAUCACUGUGGAAAGAGUUUUAUUCGUAGGGCUGACAUUAAUUGGCAUAAGAAAAUUCACACUGGAGAAAAACCUUACAGUUGUGAUCAGUGUGGAAAGAGUUUUAAUCGUAGAAUGAAUCUCAUCAGGCACAUGAGAAUUCACACUAGAGAAAAAACUUAAACAAAAGCCCCUACUACGCUGAUUUUCACAUUUGAAGAGUUCAGGUGCAAAUACCACUAAACAUGUCAAAAAAUAAAGUUAAUGAUAUUAACUGAAUGCUCUUGGCAUGUAUUAUACUUUCACGAAAUACUUCUGCUUCAAAUUCGCUUAAUCCCAGCCUCAUAAUCCCAAAUCCCGGCAGAAAUACUGCUUUGUUUUUCAGAAUCCAUUAGGAGUUUCAUUAAAAUGCUCAUUUACAAGAAAACACGUCAGGGCGGUUCCAGACCCUUUUUAGAGGGGGGCUUUAGCCACCCUGUCUUUCAUCUUAGCCAUUUUGCUUUAUAUAGAUGGAUAUAUAAUGAUAUUUAAGACCAGACACCACAGGCAAGAUGACCAGUACGCUCAAAAAUGGCUAAGUUUCAGAGCCGAACACGGCCCACAAAGGUGUCUAAUCCGGCCCACAUGAUGAUUUGGGGCUAAUCACACCAAACGCGCUUUAAACACUUGGAAACACAAGGUGCAACGCACUGCCUUUUUUUAAAAAGAGCAUUGCGAAGCGGCUUUUUAUAUUGCUAGGCAACCACAGAGUCAGCUGUUUUGUCAAUCAAAUAUUGAAGCGUGAGCGCUCUUUUGCUGUUUACAGUCAUAUUAGCAGAAACUUUAAAAAGAGGAUGCUUGCUCUGACCUUGUUUGAGGGUGAGAGGUGCACAAACACACAGGAGAGAGUGAGCGAGUGGAGUCCGGUUCUUCAAAGCAACUGUAAACUUCCCUUACCACAACAUAAGGCCUGCCUCUCCCCUCAUUCGGUUGGACAAUGGAAAGACGGGAAUGACGUCGGCUGCUUUUUUCGCUCCCAGCGCUACUUCAAAAACGUGUGCUGCUGCUGGCGGCAAAAACCGCAAGGCGUUCGGCGCGCAUAAACAGCGCACAUACGCUCAUUGCCCAUAGAAUAUAAUUCAAAAAAGGCGCCUGGAACUGCCAUUAACGCGUUUGGUGUGCUUGGCCCCUUAUACAGUUUUAUUAAAUAUACAUAUUUAAAAAAAACUUUCAGGGAGAAACGUGGCAGUCACGAGUGUCUAGUUUAUUUUCAAUAGGACAUAUGCUGAAAGCGGAAAAACGCGAACACGAGCGUAGACGAUGCACACGCGAUGCUCGUGCACCCAAAAGCUGCCGUUUCCGCACGCAAGGCUCUCUUUGUGGCAGAUUUUGACGCUUUUUCACAUACCGUGUAUGAAACACACUUGAAUCAGUUUCUGCACUGUGUGUUUACAACAACACCGGUGAGAGUGUCAAAAAAAGCUCUGGCUACCCUGCCAACGACACUAUAGAAAAAGAGUAGUGGACGCUCUGACACUCGAAUGCAUUAUCUGAAAUCGUCUCAAGCGGAGGUUUUCGAUUGGUUGCUGCCGAACAUUUCCGCCCUCCGAUUGGUUGGCGCCGAACCGCGUCAUAGCUCAUUACCGUAAAGUUGAGCUGUUUUUAAAUCUUCUCGACGCUCACAACGUACAUGAUGUGCUGCUUCGCUGAUGGCCGGAGCUCGCCACCGGCUCUCAUUGAAAAAUCUUAAUUGUAUUUUUUGCCAUGUAAAGGCAACUUGAAUGAGCUUGUGUCCUAUUUGCUAUUUUCAUAAUUAAAUAUACUUUCAAAAAACAUAUGUAAUGGAAAAAGUACUUGUAAUAAUGUAUAUAAUUUAUUGGUAAAGUUUCAUGACAGUCUCUUUAUAUUAAAAAUGUCCCCUAUUCACCAGUAGUGUUUUGCUUUAACUGGUGUAGACAGGGAGAGCCAAUUUCCAAUUAGGAAUUUAAGCCGUCAUGUAUGAUUUCUUUCAGUCAUGUUUAUAAUCAGUGCAGUAAAAUGGGGGAAAGUGUCUGUCGCACCCGAUGUGCAGUUUCAUUCAUUUUGCUCAAAGCCUUUGAUGUCAUACCAAGACACUUCCUAAACACAGGGUACAAUCAAUCCAUUAAUCACCAAUAAGGGCCCAAACAAGCUGUUGUCUAGCAAGCGAGGAAAUACUACAAGAGGUCAAUUUGUCUGAGGGCAAAGGGUUACAAGUCUUCAAGUCUACUAAUAUAAAAUAAUGUAACUGAAACUAACGUAAACUUAAUUAUUACUAUUUUUUAUUCAGUUUGGAAAUAUAAAAAUAGCAGGUGCUCCUUUAGAAAAUUAUCCCAGUCAACAUUAGGAUAUAAUGGUGCACUUAAGAAAGAUGUUAAAUUGAGUCCUGAACACCUGCAGCAUUCCAAAUCUUAGUGAUAAGGCGAUGAACAAUUAUUUUCCUAUUAUUUCUUCUUGUAUUUUUUUUGUCGGUUCAAACCUGUAAAAAUUUAUUUAGUUUAACAUUACAGAAGAAUUGUUUUAUUUUAUAUAAUACAUUUUAUAAAUGAUAUAACAAAUUCUUUAUAAUAAUACAUUAAAGUUAUUAAUGAAAUGUUUGUGCUUAUUUUUUAUGGAACGUAAAUUGAAAUAAAACAACUGAAACCACCCAACUCAAUUAAAAUAUAUAAUAAUAAAAAACAUAACUUAUUGCAUUUUAAGGAUUCAGAAUAAAAUAUUUUCUGUGGUUUGACUGCAAUUUGUUUAUUCAUGAAAAAAAUGCCCAGUAAAAGAAACGAAAUUUGAACAAAACAAUGAAUAAGCUAAAAUAACUUAGUAAAUUUAACGAUAAAACGAGCAGUCAUAUUUAUUGAUUAUUGCUUGUUAAAACAUUUUAAAUACCUGGUGUGCUGUAGACGUGCAAGUGCAGAUUCCACAUGUAAAUCGCGGGAAUCUUGUGCUCUUCAAUUAUUUACCUGACUGAACUUUUAACUAAAACACAAACUCUGUGAACGGUUUCUCCUUUAAACGCAUAAAUACAGUGUUGGAUAUUGCUCUUGGUUACCCAAUUAUGAUAAAUAACCCUGGUAAAUCAUAGGGAUGACUGUUGUCAAGCAGUUGCAGCGUCACGCUCCCGUCCAGCAGAUGGCGCAAACUCACCGCGUGUUACAUAAAAAAACAGAAGUAGAAGAAGAGACACAAUUCGAGUAGCAGGUUGUGUUGUUUUUGCUGUUUUUUUAUUGUGUGUAAGAUAUUUUUGUAGUCAGGAAAGUUUUGUUUCUUGAUUUUCAAAGCUGCAGUCGUUUAUAAUCCUAUUGAAGUGAUGUUUUUGUGUGAAUAUUAUAAUGGUGAUGUGUUUGUGUUCAGAUGUUCAUCAUGAGAGAUCAGAUGGAUGUGAUGUGCUGUAAAUCAGUAGGAACUGAUCUGUCCAUGCUGGAUAUUGAUGAUUUGAUGACAGAAAUCUCUCAGCUGAAGAAAGAGGUGGCGUUACUGGAGUCAAAGCUCAGACAGAGAGAUGAACUCAACACAAAGGUUUGUAUAAAUUAAAACACUUAAACACUCUUUGUCAUCAUGAUUAAUGACCAACUUACAUUUACAAAAGCAACUUACAAAGAUUU